AUGCAAGCCAAGGAUGGUGAUGUGAUGGCCCCCAGGCUUACCACUCUGAAACAGAGCUGGGUUGUUGACAAAGAUGAAGAAGACAAUGAGGAUGAGGAAGAGAGGAGAUGGAAGGUGCAUCCCAGUGAGAAGGUGGAAAAGAUCUUCAAUGACCCCAUCCAUGGCAGCAUCGAGAUGCAUCCAUACCUGGUCCGCAUCAUCGACACACCUGAGUUCCAGAGGCUGCGCUACAUCAGGCAGAUGGGGAGUGUCUAUUUUGUAUACCCGGGGGCUUCCCACAACCGCUUUGAGCACUCCAUCGGGGUGGCACAUCUGGCAAGUGAGCUGAUUCAGGAACUGAACAAACGGUAUCGCCCAAAGGAAGACACCAAACUGGACCUGGAACUUUCUGUAGGGACAAAGGAAACUUUGAUCACCAAGUAUAAGAAGCGGCUGGAGCAGUUGAAGCAGCAGGAUGCUUCUCCUUCUGAUGACCAGGGUUCUUCAGGACAUCUUGAAGGAUCUGGAACCAGCACCUCAGAGCCCGAAUCUGAACAUAAACUUGAACAACUUCAGAAAGUAGUCAAACAACUUCAGAAAGAAGUCAAGGAACUUGGACGACAGACAGACCGUGUCAGGGAUGACCUGCGUAAAGAGAUUGCUGCUCUGGACUUAAAACGCAGUGAGCACCUUGCAAUACUUGAGGGAGAACUCAAGGAGCAACUUCAAAAACUUAAGGAAGAACUAAAGGAGCGACUUGACGACUUGGCCAACCAGGAACAGAAUCCUGCUGUCGUUGAUGAUCUGAAAUCUGAACUCAAGCAACUUGAAAAACCUGAAGAAGAAGUCUUGAUCACUGAGGAGGAAGGGCUGUGUGUGCAGAUUGCUGCUCUCUGUCAUGAUCUGGGUCAUGGCCCCUUCUCUCACCUGUUUGAUGAUCAGUUCAUUCCAAAAGUAAAAGGAAAGCUCUCAGCAGAGGAUACACAGGACGAUCCGAUAGGCUGGACGCAUGAACAGCGAUCCCAAAUCAUGCUUGAGGAACUGAUCAAAAACAUUGAAAUAAAACAGGAUAAUGAGAGGGAUGAUGAGUAUAAUAAAUUCAUUAAAUUCAUGACUUCAUCAAAUCUUGCCUUCAUCAAAGAAUUGAUUGAUCCACGUGAUGAGAAACAGCAUCCCAAAACUUUCCUUUAUGAGAUUGUGUCCAACAAGAGAAAUGGCAUCGAUGUGGACAAGAUGGACUACUUUGCCAGGGACUGCUACCACCUUGGCAUUGAAAACAAUUUCAACUGCAGACGAUUCUUCAAGUUCGCUCGUGUGUGUGUGUGCAAUGGUGAGAUGCAAAUCUGCAUGAGAGACAAGGAGGUGGGACACAUUUAUGACCUCUACCACACAAGAAACAACAUCCAUCAGAAAGCCUGCCAGCACAAAGUUGUCAAAGCUAUUGACACAAUGAUAGUGGAUGCUUUUUUUCAUGCUGAUGCAACCCUGAAGAUUUCAGACUGUGCACGCAAAAGUAAAGUGACAGAUUUCCUAAAUCUGACAGAUGGGAUCUACCAGAAGAUCCUGAACAGCGAAAAACCGGGAGGCGAAGUGGCUCAUGAAAUCCUCAAGAGAAUCCAAACCCGUGACCUGUACAAGUGUGUUUAUGAGACUCGUCUGGGUGAGAGACACAGAGAGAUCUCAGAGGAUGUAGUGAAAGCCUUGGCACAAGCACUUAAUGAAAAUCCUGUCGAUAUUGACGCAAGAAUCACCACCAUGACUUAUGGAAUGAAGGGAGAAGACCCAAUUAAGAAGAUCAAAUUCUACAAAAAACGUGACUCUUGUACAGCUAUAGAAAAAACAGAUGUCUCCCAGUUCAUCCCGAAGGUCUUUUCUGAGAAGGUGCUCCAUGUUGUUUGCAAAAGACAAAAGAUGACUGAAGAUCACAUUAUUUCCCUUGAGGAAAAAGCAAAACAGUGGUGUCAGACUAACGGCUUCUAAGCGAACACAAAUAUGAACACCAAUAGGCACAAACAAAGAUUCCACACAAUUUUUAAAAAAGGUGAAAAUAUGCAUUCGAAUUGAGUAACAUAAAGGAGAAGGGGCUGCCAGAACUCUUCCUGACAUAAUUGGAUUUUCAACGAUGUUGCUUCUCAAAACAAACAUAAAAAAGAAUCUGAAAGCAUAUUUUAUGGAAUGCUUUGGAGAGGAUUUUAUUUUAUUUUCAUUUAACUUUCACUUUAAUGGUAGAACAUGAAAAUACGUCUGUCUUGAUUAUUUUUUACAAUUUUCAUUUCAUGUUAAUGAACUAACAGGAAAUUUUCUGUUGCUGUUGUCUGUUAGAAAUGAUUGGGUUGCAUUCAGUCCACCGGAGAAGCGGAUUAGUCUCGGCUGCACCAGCUGGUCGAGAGAGCACCCGCACUUGGGUGGUGUCAACUAAUCACCCCAGGUGUUUAAUGGCAUGUAGUUUAUUGUUUUCACCCAGAACCCAUGAGAGGGAAGGGUGAAGAUGUUUGUUCAUUUUAUUUUUGAGUUUGUGUAGGUGCGCUAUCUCUUUCUCCAUGCAGCAACCAACAGUGUUUCCUGGGAACUGUUAAUGUUGGGGAGAAAUUAGCUAAACUGUUUGAACUGUAACAAAAAUUGUUUUCAGGCCAUGUCAAUUAUUUACAUGAGACUAAUGAUUUUGUUGUUGCUUUCACUCAAGCGGACUUUCCUGUAAAUGACAAAAUAAACAGUGAUCAUAACAA